AUGAAGGAGGUAGUGAGAAAGGAAGUUGUGAAGCUGUUAGAUGCAGGUCUUAUUUACCCGAUAUCAGACAGUUCAUGGGUGAGCCCUGUUCAUGUGGUACCUAAAAAAGGGGGUACAACGGUGAUAGCUAAUGAAAAGAAUGAGUUGAUUCCUACCAGAACAGUCACUGGGUGGCGAGUGUGCAUAGACUACAGAAGACUAAAUCUGGCCACAAGAAAAGAUCACUUUCCAUUGCCAUUCAUUGACCAAAUGUUAGAAAGAUUGGCUGGGCAUGACUAUUACUGUUUUCUGGAUGGGUACUCUGGAUACAACCAAAUUGCGGUUGCACCGGAGGAUCAAGAGAAGACAGCCUUUACUUGCCCAUACGGUAUCUUCGCUUAUAGAAGGAUGCCGUUCGGGUUGUGUAAUGCCCCAGCGACUUUCCAAAGAUGCAUGACUUCUAUUUUUGCUGAUAUGCUUGAAAAGCAUAUGGAAGUUUUCAUGGAUGACUUCUCGGUUUUUGGUUCUUCCUUUGAUAAUUGUUUGGCUAACCUUUCACUUGUUUUGCAGCGAUGUCAAGAAAGUAAUCUGAUCCUAAACUGGGAGAAGUGCCACUUCAUGGUACGAGAAGGCAUUGUUCUUGGUCACAAGAUCUCCCACAGGGGAAUCGAAGUUGAUCAAGCUAAGGUGGAGGUUAUCUCAAAAUUACCACCACCUGUGAAUGAGAAAGGUAUUCGAAGUUUCCUUGGCCAUGCGGGAUUCUACCGCAGGUUCAUAAGGGAUUUUUCAAAGAUAGCCAAACCGCUGACCACUUUGUUGGUUAAAGACAGGACUUUUGUAUUCGAUAAAGAGUGUGCCGAUACAUUUGAGACACUGAAAAAUAAACUAGUGUCUGCACCCAUUGUGAUUGCCCCUGAUUGGUUCUAUCUAUGGGAUGACCCAUACCUAUACAAGAGAGGAGUAGAUGGGCUGAUAAGACGAUGUGUGCCUAAGGAGGAGCAAAAGGAUGUGUUGAGAGCAUGUCAUGACUCGGAAUAUGGAGGGCAUUUUAGUGGGGACCGUACUGCCUCCAAAGUCUUGCAGUCAGGAUUGUACUGGCCAUCAUUGUUCAAAGAUUCCCAGGAAAUGGUAAAAGAAUGUGAUAAGUGUCAGCGUACUGGGAACAUUUCAAAAAGAAAUCAAAUGCCCCAGAAUUUCAUGUUAGAGGUGGAGCUAUUCGAUGUUUGGGGAAUUGACUUCAUGGGUCCGUUUCCACCAUCAUUCGGGAAGAAUUACAUCUUAGUUGCAGUGGACUAUGUCUCAAAAUGGGUGGAGGCGGUAGCUUUACCAACUAAUGAUGCAAAGGUGGUAGUCAAGUUCUUGAGAGAGAACAUAUUUGCUAGGUUUGGAGUACCGAGAGCACUUAUUAGUGAUGAAGGAACGCACUUCCUAAAUCACCUCAUGGAGAAACUCCUGCAGAAAUACAAUGUGAAGCAUCGGAUAGCCACCCCUUAUCACCCUCAAACAAGUGGUCAGGUAGAGGUGUCUAAUAGACAGCUCAAACAAAUUCUCGAGAAGACAGUGAGUUCGUCGAGAAAGGAUUGGGCAACAAAGCUAGAUGAUGCGUUAUGGGCUUACCGAACGGCGUUCAAAACACCCAUCGGGAUGUCACCAUACCAACUUGUUUAUGGAAAAGCAUGUCACUUGCCUUUAGAGCUUGAACACAAGGUGGUAGAGUUUGGACCGGUAGACGCAACUAGAGUAAAAAGAGCUAUUACAAUGCCUCCCCGAAAGACAACCACACGCCGUAAUGUUCGGGAUGAUUUUGCCGAACCCUCCCAACCGAGGCAGCGGGUCCGUCGCGCUCCAAGUCGGGCAACCGUUCGUAGAGGGGACCAAGAAGAGAAUGCCCAUGGCAUUACGUUUGCACUUCCUGAACACAAAGCUAGGUAUGAUAUUUUAGUGCAACGUAAAUUGCUACCGACUAGAUAUAUUUGUGAUGAUACUCUUACUAAGUUAGGCCUCAAAGAUGAAGUCUACCGGAUGUUUCACAACAUCGGUAUGUUGCCUUUUAUGCUGUUUGAGGCACCGACUUAUGAGGGCCUAACUUUGGAAUUCCCGAGCACUGUAGAUUUCAAAUUGAGACACAAAUGGAAUGGCUCCGAAAUGGAGUACUUUGGUGAUCUUGAGUUUUAUAUGUUUGGGCAUAAGCAUGUGUUGUCUGUGGAAGAGGUAGGGGAGGCACUGAAAUUACCGUCCUCUGGACCAGGGGCUGCCCCUGAAACUUUUCCUGCUUGUGAAUUCUAG